AUGGCCACCGUCGAACAGCCCAUCGUCCCCUCCGACCCUAUAGUUGAGAAAUCAGACCUUGCCGACUCAACUGCGACCUUAGUUGAGGAGCCUACACAAGAGAAAUCUGUCGAGCCCGAGGUCCCCAUGACCGCCGCAGAAAAGAAGAAGGCAAAGGAGAGAGCCAAGAAGAAGGCCAAGAAGCAACAGAAGAAGCAGAGUGUGAGCUCUGCUGCACUGGAGGAGACUACAACCCAGACCGAGAGCCCAGCUACGGAGACUGAAUCAGUCGAAGCUCCCAAAGAGGAAUCGGCCGCUGAGUCAGUGGAGAAGACAGAGCCUGAAGAAUCUAAGCCUGUUGAGACUACAGAGUCAACUCCUGUAGAGUCUACUCCCGAAGUUGUGGAAGAAUCAAAGUCUAUCGAAGAUGCUCCCGAACCUACUGCUAAGCCGGUGACCGAGAAGCCGGUCGAAUCAACAACCGAAGAAUCUACGCCCGCGGAUCUCCCAGCACCCACAGAAGAAGCUCAGGCCGUUGAGGCUGUCCCCGAGACCGUCGCAGAGCCUGUCGCGGAAGAGAAGGCCACAGAGGCUGUUUCUGAGCCAGUUGAGACUCCCGCCGAGCCCGCCGUCGAAGAGCCAAAGGCUACCGAGGAAGUCGCCGAACCCACAGAAAAGGCUGCUGAGCCUGUCGUCGAGACUCCUGUUGCCGAAUCUGCUGCUGAGCCCACCAAAGAAGAGCCCAAGGCCGUAGAGGCUGUUCCCGAACCUGCCCAGGAGACUCCUGUAGAGGAAUCUAAGGUCGCCGAGGAAGUUGCUGAGCCCACCGAAAAGACCGCCGAACCGGUCGAGGCUGCUGAGCCUAUCGCUGAGACGCCUGCCGCUGAGUCCGUCACAGAGGAGACCAAGGCCGCAGAGGCGGUCCCGGAAACUGCCGAAGAGACUCCUGCCCUGGAGGAGCCUAAGGCCACUGAGGUGACCGCCGAACCCACAGAACAGGCUGCCGAGCCUGUCACUAAGACACCAGCGGUCGAAGAGCCCAAGGUUGCCGAGAAGAUCGCCGAAUCACCAGCAGUGACUGCCGAGCCUGUCGCCGAGACUCCUGCCGCUGAGCCUGCCACAGAAGAGCCUAAGGCUGUGGAGGCUGUCCCCGAGAUUGUCGACGAGACUCCCGCUGUCGAAACCGAGGAACCCAAGGCCAGCGAGGAGGUUGUUGAGACUACCACAGAGAAGACCGCCGAGGCCGUCGAGCCUCUGAAAGAGCCAAAGGCUAUGGAGGAGGUUGCUCAGCCUACUGAGGAGACGCCUGCUACCGAGGUCGCUGCCGAAGUAGUCGCUGAAGAGGUGAAGCCUGAGGUUGUUACUGAGUCUACCGAGGCUGCUGUGGAGGAACCCAAGGCCGUGGAGGUUGCUGAAUCCAUCGAGGAGAAGCCCGCUACCGAGACCGCAGAGAAGGUUGUUGAACCUGCCGCUGAGCCUGUGUCUGAAACUGCUGAAGCCCCCGUGGAGGAGACCAAGGCUGUGGAGGAACCCACCGCUGAGGAGAAGCCCGUCGAGGCUGUUGCUGAAACCGCUGAAGUUCCUGUGGAGGAGACCAAGGCUGUGGAGGAACCCACCGCUGAGGAGAAGCCCGUCGAGGCUGUUGCUGAAACCGCUCAAGUUCCUGUGGAGGAGACCAAGGCUGUCGAGGAACCCACCGCUGAGGAGAAGCCCGUCGAGGCUGUUGCUGAAACCGCUCAAGUUCCUGUGGAGGAGACCAAGGCUGUCGAGGAACCCACCGCUGAGGAGAAGCCCGUCGAGGCUGUUGCUGAAAUCGCUGAAGCCCCCGUGGAGACCCAGGCUGUCGAGGAACCCACCACCGAGGAGAAGCCCGUUGAGGCUGUUCCCGAGGUUUCCGAGGCACCAGUCGAGACUCCAGUCGAAACCGCCGCCGAGGAAUCCAAUUCCAUCGAGAAUGCCGAGCCCACCAAGGAGCCCGUGGCCGAAAAGACGGUCGAGGCGCCAGUCGCCGAAGCCGAGAACAGUGCUGACGCCAGCGUCAUUCCCGGCGAGACUGCCUUCGAAGCCACCGAGGAAGCCACAGUCGAGACCUCCAAGCCCGAAGAAACCAUUCCUGAGUCUGAGACCAAGGAAGUCACCGAGACUCCCGCCGUCGAGGAAUCGACCACCGAACCUGUGAAGGAGACUGAGACUGCCGGGCCCGUCCUCGAGAAGGCUGACACCGUCGAGCCUACUGUUGAGGAACCCACCACGGAGUCUGCCGAGACUCCUGUCGAGGCUGCCGUCGAGCCCACCCCUGAAGUCACCGAGACAGCCUCUGAAACCGUCGCCGCUCCUACCGUCGAGGAGCCCGCCACUGAGAAGGCCCCUGAGACCGCUGCCGCCGAGCCUGUCCAGGAGACCGUCGAGGAGACCAAGACAGAGGGACCCACCGUGCAGGAAACAGUGGCUGAAAUUGCCGAAACCGCCAAGGAGUCUGUCGAGACACCCACUGACACUGAGGUCACCGAGCCUGAGGCCGCCGCCGUGGAGGAGGUCGUGAAUGAAAUCACUGAGAUCGCCAAGGAAACCGCCAAGGAGACUCCCGAUGUCCCCGAUGCCACCGAGACUGAGGUCGCCGCCGUUGCGGCUGCCGCUGCAGCAGCAGCUGUUGGUGCUGCCGUGGCUGAAGAAGCUACUUCGCCCGAGCCUGUUUCUACUGAGAAGGCCGUUGCCGAUUUGACCAAGGAGGUCGAGCCGGAGGCUGCUAAGGCUGAGGAAGUCACCGAAGUCGCCGCUGAGCCUGUUACCGAGAAGGCUGAGGAGCCCGUUGCUGAGACCCCCGUGGCUGAGGCUGUUCCUAUUGUGGAGACUGCUGUCGAGGAACCCGUCAAGGAGGUUGUUGUCGAGGAGCCUGCUGCUUCUAUUGAGACUCCUGCUGCUGCCGAGGAGCCUGUUGAGAAGGCUGAGGUUGAAGCUGACACUAUUGCUGAACCUGCUGCCGAGCCCGUCGCGGUGCCUACACCUGCAGUCGAGGAGACUCCUGUUGAGGAACCCGCCAAGGAAAUUGUCGUCGAGGAGCCUAUUGUUGCUUCCACUGAGACUUCUGCCCCUGAGGUUGUCGCUGAAGUUGUUGCCGAGGAGCCUGCCGCCGAGGAAACUCCUGUGAAGGAGCCUGUCGCCGUCACUGAGACUGUUGAGGUGGCUGCUGUUCCUGAGGCCGUUGCUGAGCCUGCGGCGGAGACCAUUGAAGAGCCUGUCGCUCAGAUUUCCGAGCCUGCUAUUGCCGAGGACAAGGUCGAGAUUGCUGCUGCUCCAGAGACUGUCGUCGAGGUCGUGGCCGAGGCCCCUGAGCUCGCCCCAGUUGAAGAACCUACCACUGAAGCACCUGCUGCCGAGGUUGUCGAGGAUGUGAAGGAACCUGCCGUCGUCGAGCCCGUCAUCGAAGAGCCAGCCGUCGCAGAGCCAGUCAAGGUCGAAGAAACUGUCGAAGUGGCACCCACUGAGGAGCAGCCCCAAGAGGCAAUCCAAGUGGAGGCACCCAUCGCUAAGGAAGCCGAGGUUGAGCCAGUCGUCGUAGAGGAGACCGUCAUUGAGCAGCCCGCCGCUGCCGUUGUUGACGUUGCUGCCGUUGCUGACGAGACUCCCGUUGAAGCUUCUAAGGAGAUCGAUUCCGAAGAGCCUGCUGCUGAUGUCUCUGUUGUCGAAGAGAUCGUCCCUGUGGAAUCAUCUUCUGCUGAGGUCCCGGCCGUCAAGGUCACUGAUGAAGAGCCUGUGAUUACGGAGCCCGAAGCACCUAUCGUCGCUGAGGUUGCUGCCGAAGAGCCUGCACAGGAGGCUCCCAAGGCUGAGGAGACUGUCGCUGAGCCCACUGAUGUCAAGGAGGAAUCCGUUCCUUCCACCGCUGAUGUGGAGACUCCCGCUCCUACUGAGGUUGAGGCCCAGAAGGAAGAGACUGCCGCUCCAGAGGUUGCCGAGACCCCCAAGGAGGAGUCCACUGGCCUGAGCUCCGAGAUUCUCGGAGCUGGUGUCGCCGCCGCUGCCCUUGCCGGUGUCGGAGUUGCUGUUGCCUCCCACAAGGAGUCUGAGUCUGCCCCGGAGGCAACCAAGGAUCAAAAAGAUGCCGAGACCAUUGGCGCUGACAAGGAACCUGUCGUCGAGACUCAGCCCAAGGCUGCAGCAACAGAUGCCCAGCCUGCAGACGGUAAGCCAGCACCGCUCUACACUUCGAACCAACAAUCCGCGAUGUCCCUCGAAACUGAUCCCGUUCUUGCAGCUCUUGCUUCCGACCGUGAAGCCCUGCUCAGCAAGCUCAACCAGCCCUCCACCGACCAGCUGGCCGCCACUUCCAACGAGCAACCCGCUGCCACCACCGAGUCCCAGCCCGCCCCCGAGGCCAGUACCAGCAAGGGUAUCACCGAACCUACCAAGGCAGAUGACGCCAAGCCUUCGGACUCUCUUGCGCCCAAGAACAACGAUGAGGAUGCUCGCCCGUCGAGCCAGAACCGGUCAGUGACAGCUGUUUCUCUGAAUGGUGCCACAGACAACUGGCUCAAAGCAAUUCUGCGCUCUGUGUUUGGUGGUUUCUUUGGAGCGAUUUUCGCCCCCUUCCGUCGUGGAAAGAAGGCCUCAAACUAA